AUGACGAACAUAACCAAAUAUAUCCCACACAAUCCGUUAUUUCUUUGUCCAAUAUUUCUUAUUGUAUCAGAUUUGAUAUUCACCGUUUAUUCUAAUAAAUCUCCUAGGGAUAACGUCAUCUCAUCGACUACAACAACUUUCAGUUCAAGUUCAAGCACUUCUACUAGAGGACAGAGGAUUAAACAAUUGGUGAAUCAAAAAUUCAACCAGCGACCCAAGAAAACCGGUAUACUUCACAGCAUACAGGAUUUUACAAAGAAGUAG